GAAAAGAGAGGUGCAACCGAAUGGUGCAAUGAACAUUUUGGACAUGGGUCAGAGGGAUCGGUGCAGGUCCAUAGGAACACCCUGUAUAAGCUGACAGAAAUCCUAUUUGUUCAACUUUAAAAAUGCAGAACUAAGCGGAUGACGUAAGUUGCGUUUACAUUGUCCAGAAGCACGGUACGCGGUCACAAGCGAUCACAAUACCGUACACGUGAAGCGUGUACUGUAAGACAUUCAUGGUACGACACUUUGCGAAGAAAAGCAGAGGGAGUUUGAACCCCACGCAGCAAGCGAAAUGUACCCGGAUCCGAAGCUGGUUCUACGCUACUUGUUUCCUGAAAAAGAUCGAUCGAUCGUUGUUCACCGCAGGAUCCAGGCAGAGCUACUUAGAUCGGUAAAAAAAUCCUGUUGGAUUUCCUCGCGCUACCUGGACGGACGAUGAUUUUUGUCGAUGACAGUACUGCUGGCUUCUCACCGCGGGUGCUCUCCAGCACCCUUCGCACACACGCUCCGCGUAUUUGCGUACCCCGAAAUAGCCGUACCCUUCUCUCUGCUCCGUCAGACGGUGAGAGGAUGAGGAUGAGGACGCUGAAGAGGUGGACGAGGGACGGGAAGGUGGAGCGGAGCGUGUAUACCGCAAAACCAGUUCGCUGAAAUGAAAUUUUAUAGUCCGCCUGCGGAGCGGGAGGGACACUCGCGUCACCGAACAUACGUGGGAGCUGUGAUACAACGGGAACCUGGCCCCUUGGCUACGCUCCUGCCAGGACAAAUGCCUUUCCUGCCUCGAUCACUUCCAACUUCCAACUACUUCGAACCUACGACCCUGUGAGUCCUGAUAGCUGAAUCUAUUCAUGCAAGGAAUAGAAAUGGAUAAUAGUAAUAAAUCUACAUAGAUCAUGAAUUCGAAGCGGAGUUGGAAUUUGCAACAUAGAAGAAUUAAUGAAAUUAAUGUCUGGAGGUGUUUGAAUUACAAGAAGGAAGCUUACCGAGAAAUCUGACGAUUAUUUUCUCCGAAAUCGUUCUCGGUUUCCAACACGGUCUCGAGCGAAAGCCCAGCGGGUGGCUCGCGUCACGAGAAUGCAGCUCGCAGCGGCGAAGCUCAUUACGUUGGCGUGUGCGUAAGAACUUCGUACACGCGAUGUAAUCGCGGCGGUGAAACUGACGCGGCGAGUCUCACGCAGCACGGGUCAUCAUGUCGGUGAUAAAAGGAGCGAGUCGAGUGUUCAUCUGGUCUCUCGCAAGAUCGCACGGAGAUUACGUCUCGUACGGCAGCCGCUCAAGUGUCGCAGUUGCACGUCGUUAAUGCGAGGCAGGUGCUAACGCGGUGAGAAAGAGAAGACAGGGGAGAGAAGGUGGCGGUGAAGGAGAAAAGAGAAGAUGCGCCCGGAUCCCGUCCUCCCCCUAAUUGACAAAUUGGAAUCUUAUUAGAAGCUCGUGAUGCCGGAGGUACCCCGAGGCAGGAGGAGCCUCGAGGCGCUCUCCCUAGCUGCCCAAGAGUUCGCCGUUCGAGACACGGCUACGUGCCCGUCUCUCCUUUCUCCUGGCGGUUCCCUCCUCCCUGCGUCGCCGCAGCACGGUCCGCGCUGUCUCUUGGCUCGGUCCGGGCCCGCGAAGAUGAGCUGGCCCCGAAGAAGAAGAAGAAGAACAGCGAAAGGUGGAGGUGCUGACAGUGGCACCGAUCCGGCGUCGCGUCGCGUCCCGUCCAGUCGUCUCGCUUUUUCGCCUCCCCUCGAGUUCUCCUCGGAUUAUUAAUCCACUGACGAGAGAGGAUCCGUGGCGUUCGCGGAGAUUAUGGGCCGAGAGCACGAUCAAGGUGCUGCUACGUUAACAAGCAUCAAUAGGCCGACGGGACGAAGAGGGAUCAGCAUCGUAAAACGUGAUUCUCAGGAUGAAAGAUCGCGCUUUCCUGUGUCCUUUACCUGUACCCGUACCUCCUUAGCCAUAAUGAUACGGCGAGUACCUUGUGGUAACUGAUGUGUGAGAUUCAUCAGAUCCCUUAGGACACUUAGGGACACGUUAGACGUCUACAAGAUUGAAGCAGUUCAUCUACUUAAAGUACCAGACGCCGAGUUCCAUCGGUUCAACAGUCGGUAGACUCAACAGGAUGUCCGAUCGAACAUGGAUGUAAGAGUGAUACCGGCGAGAGAACGUUUUUAAAAAAGACAUCGGUGGGUUAGUGCUGCUAAACGAUUAACCUGCGGAAGAUGGGAGAAGAAAGAUACAUAGUACCGUCGUCGCGUUUGAGGAGGAAUAGAGAAGGAGGCUCGAUGCAGCAGACACAGGGUAGAAAUGCAAGAAAAGCGGUAAUCGAGCAAAGGUGGAGCGAGGAGGAAUGGUAAAGAAGAGCGAAACUUGACGGGUAGCGAAGUCAAGGUGAACCCACCCCACGUUUCGACGCGUACAGGGUACUCGCGCGCUCGCCCCGGGGGUAGAGACGGUCAUUGAGAAUCUUGGCGCAACUCGGGCGACCGUGCUGGUACACUUGGAGGUACCCACGGUCCGACGCGGGCAAAUCUUUCCUCGAGGGGAGAGACCGUGAGGCGAGCAACAAGGUAAAACGUUGUUACAACGACAACGAGGACAAGGAAAAGGACGAAGAGGAAGGAUGAAUCGAAGGCGCUAGGUGGGGAUCGGUGGGACAACGUAAAAGGAAGGAAGAAGGACAGUCUGUGCGGCAAAGAAGCCGAAGAAACGGAAAAGAUUGGAAAGAGAGGCGAGGAUAGAAAAGGGAAAGAGCGAAAGAGAGGGUACGACCUCGAUCAAACCGAAUCGAACGAGGAGAAAGCUAAAAAGGUUUUCGAAGCCUCUCCCUUCGCCCUCUGAAGUUAAGUUCUCUCUUUCCUCCCUGACUGCACCGAUACACCUGUCCUCGUUUACCUCGUGCACGCCCCGCCCCGACCAAUGGAGUGUCGAGGGGCCCGGUGACGUCAGUAAAGGUGAACCAGGAGGGCCAGUGCGGUGGUGGGGGGGGGCAGGAUCAUCCACCACCACGUUCGGAGGCCGUGAGAGCUGCACGGGGGCCAGCAGCUUAGCUGGUAACCAGCACCAGCGGCCCGGCUGCCCGUUGGCCACCUUGGUGGGGGCAGGAAGAGGGGCACCCUGGACCCCGACCAGGCCAAAGGAACAACGCAGAGUACCCACACGAAACCCAUCCCGCAUUUCCCACCACUGACUCGUCCGGAAAACGUGCGCAACAGAGCUUCCGGACUGCUGCUCGGGCAUAUAUCGAGUUCAGUCAAGUGAGUCAGGUCGAUCGGGUGUUACAUCUCGAUAAAUAGUCGAUCAUUAAAAAUCCACGAUUCACAUACGGCGUAACAAAGUUCAGAUUCCGAUCUUGGAGAACCGCGGUCCGGUGAAUCUUCGUUUCGAAGAGUGGGUGAAGCGUCUCGACGGUGUAUAUCUCGGUGAUGGUUCCCCUUUCGAUCUUUAAACAUGUACGCGUCGAUGGAUGAAGCAUCGUAUCGGUAUAGAAAACUUGGUAUCGGUAUCCUGACGUAACGACUCUGAUAAGUAGUACCGAGGAAGGGAGGAUCGGGGGAGAAGGAGAUCUCCUUCGGAGAGUCGGAGUAGUGAUUAAAGGAAAAGGCGUGGAUUGUUUCGUACCGAUUAACACCGGUUGAUCCGCCGAUAUUUGUUAGAUCUCGCGGGUGGGUGGAUUAGACGCCAGCUACAACGAUCGCAACAACGGUGAUAAGAGUGCGCGAAGGGGGGGUGUGUGAUGCCCUGGUUAUGGUUAAGCGUGAGUGAGGUCAGUGGCAAGAGGAGGAGAAGAAGGACCGGCUGCUCGACGUCCGCGUCGCCGUCGUGGUCGUCGUCGUCGUGGUCGUCGACGUCGUCAUCGUCGUCAUCGUCGUCUAGGUCAUCGUCGUUCUGUCAGCCGUGGAGGAGGAGGAUAGCCGGCGGCGGUGGUGGUGGUGGUGGUGGUGAGAACUCGGUGGUACCGUCGACGUGCUCGACAACCGACGGGCUCAGCAAGGUCCGCGUACACGAGGAUCACCGACCAGUGACCAGCAGGCAGGGUCGUCCUCGAGUCAGAGCCACGUGAUUAUGGUGCACCAUCAUCAUCGUCGUCGCGGCCUUCAGGCGAGCCAUCACUGCGCGCUCAGGAGGCGAGGAACGACACCCUCGCUACUCCAGGUGUUCAUGCUGAUACUCUGUCUCUGGCUACCGGUGUUGGAUAAUAGUGGUCUCGUCUUGGCAUGCGGACCGGGCAGGGGUGGCGGGCGACGUCCGAUCCUACGAAAACUCACGCCGUUGGUGUUCAAGCAGCAUGUGCCGAAUGUCAGUGAAAACACGUUGCCAGCCAGCGGGCUUAGCGAGGGUCGAGUGUCCAGGCAUGAUUCCAGGUUCCGGGACCUGGUGCCCAACUACAAUGCCGACAUCAUCUUCAAGGAUGAGGAGGGCACUGGAGCGGAUCGACUGAUGACUCAGAGGUGCAAGGAGAAGCUGAACACCCUCGCUAUCUCGGUAAUGAAUCAAUGGCCAGGGGUGAAGCUGCGUGUGACUGAGGGCUGGGACGAGGAAGGAAAACACGCGACGGAUUCGUUGCAUUACGAGGGACGUGCCGUCGACGUGACGACGAGCGAUCGGGAUCGUUCGAAAUACGGAAUGCUAGCCAGGCUCGCCGUCGAAGCUGGUUUCGAUUGGGUCUACUACGAGUCUAGGUCGCACAUCCAUUGUUCCGUGAAAUCUGAAUCCUCAUCAGCGGCGAAAUCCGGAGGAUGUUUCCCGGGCAGGAGUCUGGUGCGAACCCAGGGCGGUUCCACGAAGCGACUGGACCAGGUGCGACUAGGUGACCGCAUCGCCGCCCUCGAUUCCCACGGAGACAUCGUCUACAGCGAGGUGAUCGCGUUCCUGGAUCGCUCGCUCGCCGAGAGGAGACAGUUCGUCCAAUUAACCACGGAAUCGGGCCGGGUGUUGACCUUGACGCCUGCCCAUCUGGUACCAGUUGAGGGUAGGGCAUCAACGUUCGCCGGAAGAGUGGAGCCGGGUGACAAGAUCCUGGUGAGGGAUCCAGCGGACGAGAACGAGGUCGAGCAUCGUCUACGAUGGGACAAAGUAGUCGACACUCGACUGGUCCUCGAAGAGGGCGUCUAUGCUCCUCUGACGACCGAGGGCACGGUAUUGGUCGACGACGUGGUCGCGUCCUGCUACGCCUUCGUGGACAACCACGAAUUGGCUCACUUCGGUUUCCUUCCAUAUCGAGUCUGGUCUAGCGUGAAGUCCUUUUUCACUAGCAGGGUGAGCGUCGAGGACACCAGGUAUCCUGACGUCAGGCAAGACGCGAGGACGCCAGAGGAAGGCAUCCACUGGUACGCGUCCUUCUUGUACUGGCUGUCCUCCUACGUUACUCCUACCAGGAUGCUGUAUCAAUGAAACCUCUCACUGAUCGAGGAGGAUUCUUUAGUUUUCGUUGCGUGAAACGGACCGUGAAACGCGUCCAAAAAACGCCAGCCCCGUCACGUGGUCGCUUCGAGGGAGGCAGGGUGUCCUUGAAGAGGAGGAUGAGCUUGCAGAAGGAAACGUCCUUAGACGUGCUAACUACACAGUACUAGAAGACCAUCAGGAUUCGAUCUUGAAGAGACUAUUGUCGGAUCUUCGAGGAACGUACUCGAUGAGUUUGAGUAAAUCUUUGUGACGUUUGUUGGCCAGUGACCCAUCUCCGUUCACCGUGUGACGUGUAGUAUAUAUUAGGUACAUAGGACGAAUGGAAAUGAAGCUUUAGAAUUGUUUGAAAUUUUCUCACCCGGUAGCGUGUGUACAAUAAUUUCUUGUUCUUCUUCAUCGUUCUUUGACCAACGUGUCCGCGGACUGCGUUGUCUGAGAUGGAUCUGCGACGGAACCCGGUUAAAUGUGACUAAUUAAAAGGAUCGAUGGAAACGGAGGGCGGAAUGUACAGGAUGUUUAUGUAAUAGAGUUUAUUUAUGGAACAUUUUUAGUGUGAAGCGAUUUCGUUUUUUAUUAAUUGUAGUCCGGCGAAAUGCUUGAAAAGUAUUUCACGUUCAGCGUUUUAUGUAUCGCGGGAUCUGAAGUUCGUCUUGAAAGAAUUAUCCCGUUUAAAUUGCAUGAAUGACUUUUCCAGUUGAUGUAUUUUGGAAAAAUAUUUUGUCGGAGUGUUUACAGAUAAAUUGACGCGAGGAACACUUGCGUUUCCUCGGCUCGUUUUUAAACUGCAUUCGUAUCCCUUGCUGUAUUUAAUUCGUAAUCGAUUCUCCCCUCCCUUUGUAUAGUUGUCAUAGCGACAGAAUUUUUAUUUCGAUUGGAUUAUCACUGAUUAAUGAAUUAAGGUUGAUGACCUUCGCGCUAGAACGAUUGAUACAUUGACACCUAAGUUAUCCCUCCCCAGAAAUUGAUAUAUUAUAUAUUAUUAUAGUAAUUAUUAUUAUAUUAUUAAUAUUAUUAUUAUUAUAUUUUAUUAUAUUAUAUUAUUAUAUUAUUAUUUGUACGUAGCUCAAAAACAAAUUAUAAAUUAUGUAUAUAUAUGCCGUCGAUAGAUUGAAUUAAAUCAUUAAACACAGCACAAA